AAAUCCUCACUCCGCGUGCGUGCGAGCGAGAGCGAGAGAGAGUAUGGCGGAUCUAGAGGGUUUCAGGAGAUUGCUAAACCCUUUGGUACUUAAUCUGCAGAAGAUGGAGUUGGAGCUCACGUGUCCCAUCUGUUUAAAGUUGCUUAACAUGCCAAGGUUGUUGCCAUGUAAUCACAUUUCGUGCAGUCCUUGUGUCACUACUUCAACCAUGCAUGGGCAUGACUGUCCUAUUUGUAAAGUACCUUUUCAUCAUCAAGAUUUGAGGCCUGCUGUUCAUGUUGAAAUAAUGGUGAACAUAUAUAAAAGCAUGAAUUCAGCUAUUGGUCCUAUCCUUGUACAAAGAGGGGAACAAGUUGCUAUCUCUGACACAAAGAUGCCUUCAGGUGGUAGUCCAGAUUUUGGUGACAGAAAUGAUGAGGAGAAAUCUGAAGAGGAACUGAUGCAUAACAGGGCUGGAGAGGGUUCAAAAUAUAUGCCAUCACAUGCACCAUUUUUUGGGAAUUUUAGAACUGGGAAUCCAAGAUGUGAAGGGGAGAAAAAUGAGCCGGCAAUGAAUGUAAGCAAGAAAGAUGUGAAAAACAAUGGAGUGGAAGCAUUUCUUAAAGAAGAGGAUCCAUACAGUCCACAAUCAUCUGGUGACCAGAAAGAUUCAGAUUAUGACAGCAAUGACCUGGGAAAUGAACCUAGAAAUGGUAAUGAUUCAUGCAAGAGAGGUUCAAAAGUUGGAACUAUUCAAACAGGAGAAGACUAUAAUAGAGAAUUAAAAAGGCAAAAAUUGCAUAAUGCAGUUGAUGUUGGAGAUAUUAGUGGUGAUGUCCAGGCUAAGGAUUUUUCAGUAUUUAAUUCUGAAUCUGAACAUGAACAUCAAAGAUGCCCAAACAUCAAGUCAUUGCAUACAACUGUUCAUGAAGACACAAAUGGGGUUUUUAGUUGUGCAUUUUGCUAUUCUUCUAGAACAACUGAGGCUUCUGGACCAAUGUUACAUUAUAUCGAUGGAAAACCAGUGUCAGAUGAUCAAGCAUUGCAGCUCAAUGUCUUACACGUGCAUCAGAAAUGCAUUGAAUGGGCACCACAAGUAUUCUUUGUUGGUGAGACUGCUGUGAAUUUAGAGGCUGAACUUUUACGUGCAUCAAAAAUCAAAUGUAGCAGCUGUGGACUCAAGGGAGCAGCUCUUGGUUGCUAUGUCAAGAGCUGCCGAAGAAGCUUUCAUGUCCCAUGUGCUGCUGAUAUCCAAGAUUGUCGAUGGGAUGCUGAAAAUUUUCUUUUGCUGUGUCCUGUUCAUUUUUCACACAAGCUGCCAUGUGAUAGAUCAAAGGCUAGAAAGAGGACAAAGGCUAAUCGUUCCUUAUGCUAUUCCAGUUCACCAGGUGAUUUAACUUCACCUACAAAGCAACAGAGUGAUAAGCUUUGGACAGCUUCACCCGGUGUGACUCAAGAAUGGUUGCUAUGCGGAUCUUCACUCUCUAACUUGGAGAAGGAUAUUCUAAAUGACUUUGUGAGCCUAACUGGUGCCUCUGUAACCAAUACGUGGAAGCCAAAUGUAACACAUGUGAUUGCUGCCACUGAUGAGCAUGGUGCUUGCAGCAGAACACUUAAGUUGCUCAUGGCUAUAUUGGGUGGAAAAUGGGUUCUAAGUGUAGAAUGGCUUAAAGCAUGCAUGAAGGCUGGGCACCCGGUUCCAGAGGAGCCUCAUGAAAUCAGCCAUGACAUUCAUGGAGCCUUUGAUGGACCCAGAAACGGAAGAAUAAGAGCUAUACAAAAGGCACCAAAACUGUUUACAGGAUUAACCUUUUAUUUUAGUGGUCACUUUAUGCCAUACUACAAGGACCAUCUUGAAGAUUUGAUUCUUGCUGCUGGUGGAACUGUAUUGGAGAAGAGUGAAAUCACUCCUACAACUUCUAUUGUUUAUAGUACAGAACCUCCGCAAGGAAGCAAUUCAGAUGAUCAGCAUGAGGUUAUAAAGAAGAGAAAAGAAGAGGCCGUAGAUUUAGCAUCCAGAAUUGGCUCUCUGGUCAUCCCUCACACAUGGCUUCUGGAUUCCAUUGCUUCCUGCAAUGUACAACUAAACUUGUAGACUAUUUUUCUCAACAAAAAAUGCUGAUGUUAUCUGUAACUGCUUUCUUGCUGGAUGAAUUAUGUCACAAUUCUUAUCGAUUCAUGCCGGCCUUCUUAUACAUAUGAAACAAGUAUC